AUGUCUGCUGCUGCCCAGCUACUACUCGUCGGUGCCCUCGACGUGAACCUGAAUGCCGAUGAACUUGAAUCCUGCGCACAUACUAUAAACUCUCUCAGUGAUAUACUUGAUUCACUCUCCGCACCGCCCGAAUCUCCCCCAUUGUUGCGUGCAAAGGAAAUCGCCGACUCGAUCUCAAAACUUGACCCCUCUUCUAUCCAACAGCUUGCAGAUUCGGGUCCAUUGGCAGCCCAUACGGCACACCUUUGGUGGCUGGUAGCGGGGAAAGCCGCGGUGCAGACAUUGAGUGCAUUGCUGGACACGUUCCUAGAGCAAGGUAUCCUGCUAAAUGAUGAGAUCCUCUAUUGGGAAGAUGUGUUGGGAUCUCAGUGGUACAUUGCAUUAUACGCCUUACAGACAUCGCCUUCUAGACUCUGGCACAAGUUCCUGCAGAUACGAUAUAGCCAUGGCUAUACUGCUAUUCAGACAACCCCUCUGGCAAGAUCCCUCCAGGGCGGGUGGAUACAUUUUUAUGAUUCUGUCCGACGGUGUAUCAAUGAGCGAGAACAGCGUAUUCUGCGCGGCAAGUUAUUGUCAAUGUUGACCGGAACGAAAACUGAUGUACGUCGGAAACGCAUUUCGCUCAAAGCAAUGAAAAAUUUCAACGCUACUGGCAUUGGAAUUCUCCUUAGAGAGUUUUUCCCUUCUGGGACGGAUGAUGAUCUGCCAAAGGGGGCUACAUUUGAAUCACAUACCGAUUCCAGUUGGCACCAGGCCGUGGAUAGGGGAGUAAUCGCGAUGGAGACCCUCUUACGCACCGCGCUCGAUGAUACGAAGGGUCCAGAUUGCGCCGAGUUCGUAUUGACGGCGGUCAAUGAACAAUCGAGUGCUUCUCCAAGCUGGCCACAGACAAUGUCCGUCCAAGCACAAACGCGAGUGAUCGAACGGCUCGAGACCAUUCUCCGGGACCUUCUUCCACGAUAUACCGCGACCUCCAUGUCCAACAUGGAAAUUUAUGGACGGCCGUCACGCAUCGUCCGAUAUUGGUUACCAUUGUCGAUAGGUCUUUUCUCUGCCAGCACCUCUCUGAAUAUUCUGUACAGCCGACGGUAUGAACUUCUCAGCUGGAUAUCUGACAUCGGAUCCACUGCCGUGGACUUCUGGACAAACUGGGUUCUGGAGCCUAUCCAACGGCUAAUUGGGACCAUACGACAUGAUGAACAGAGUGAAAUUGCGUUGAUGAGCAAGAACAGCCUGGAAGCAGAUCGGGCUAGCCUGGAGAGAAUGGUGGUGGACUUUGUUCUUGACCACGGUAAACAUGGGCAAGGAGAUACUGCGAUUGAUACCAGUGUCGUCGCCGAUAAAGUCCGAGAGGGCGAUCUAACCCCCGUUUUAAUGGCAUAUGAAAAGGACUUACGAACUCCUUUCAUUGGCACUGUGCGAGGCGACUUGGUGCGAGCCCUUCUGAUUCAAAUCCAAAAGACGAAAGUAGACGUGGAGAUUGCCAUUGGGGGCAUCGAUUCGCUGCUGAGAAGCCAAGAGCUUGUUUUUGGCUUCGUCGGACUCACCCCGGGAAUUCUUGUAUCGUAUGCAUGCCUGCAAUGGUUGUGGCGGACUUUCGGCAAUCGAAAGGGAUUGCGCAUGGGCAGACAGCAGGAUGAUCUCAGGCAUGCCCUGCGGUACGCGAUUCCCCUUUUGCAAACCCCUGAAUGA